AUGCCCCACCCCCACGCUCCCAAGAAAGUAGCCAUCAUCGGAGCCGGGCCCUCCGGCCUCGUCACCGCCAAAACCCUCCUCCACCACAAUGCCCCUCGGGGAUUAUUUCUCCCCACAAUCUUCGAAAAGAGCCCCCGCAUCGGCGGGCUGUGGGCUGCCCCUGCGACAGAUGGAGCAGACACCGCUCGGGAUGGGGGCAAGACUCACCGAGACAAAAGAGGAUUCGUGAACCCCUCCAUGCGCACGAAUCUCAGUCGGUACACGGUCGCUUUCUCGGAUCUGGGGUGGGAGGAGAUUCUCCCUGAGGACGGUGGCGAUGGUGGGGAGGUGCCGAUGUUUCCCCAGGCGAGGCAGGUGCGCAGGUAUCUGGAGGUGUAUGCGGAGCGGUUUCUGUUGCGGGAGGGGGUGGUGAGGUUUGGGUGUGAGGUUACAAGGGUUGAGCGUGGAGAUGCGCAUGGGGCUGGGUGGGUGGUGGAGUGGGUGCAGGCAGGGGAUGAUACCGGCACGCAGACGGAGCGGUUUGAUUACCUCGUUGUCGCGUCGGGGUACUUUGCUCGGCCGGUUGGGCCGGAUAUUCCUGGGUUCGAGGGGAGGAUGGUGCAUAGUUCUGCGGUGCAGGAGAUGAGAGAUGUGCAGGGCUUGCUGGAGCGGGCUGGGUGCUCUGCUGGUGCUGAUGCUGGGGGGAAAUUGGUGGUCGUCGGGGGCAGUAUGUCGGGCGUGGAGGCUGCGUCGGCGGUGGCGUUGCAUCUUUCUUCUUCGGCUCCUGGCCAUGCGCAGCUCGAAGUCCAUCACAUCUGCUCGCGUCCGUUCUGGACGGUGCCGACCUACCUACCCAGAAUAUCUCCCGACCAAGCACCCGGGACGGCGGUGCCCUUCCUCCCCCUCGACCUCGUCUUCUACGAUCGCGCCCGCCGUCCCCCCGGCCAGAUCGAGUACGCAGUCGGCCCGCUCGCGCCGGACCAGAUCUCCAGAUCGAAUGCCUGGUUCCGCCAGCUGCUGGGCAGCGAGUACGCACGGAUCGGGAGCGUUGGCGUCUGUCCGGAGGACUCGGAGCUGCAACCCUCCUGGGUGGCCAUCGGCAACGACUACGCGGAAUAUGUGCGCGCCGGGGCCGUCAAGGUCACCAUCGGCCGCGUCGCCCAUCUGAGCUCGUCAAACGAUCGCGCACGUCUGGCAAUCAACCUCCCAACCGGAGAAACCAGCGUCCUGGACAACGUCGCUGCCAUCAUCCUAGCCACGGGCUUCACGCCCCGCGACUCGCUCGCCUUCCUCCCGCCCUCCAUCCUCUCGACCCUCGAAUACGCCCCAGACGACGCAUUCAUCCCCCUCAUCCUCGACAAUAAGGGCACCUCACACUCCGAGAUCCCGGAUCUGGGGUUUGUGGGCUUCUACCGCGGUCCCUACUGGGGCGUCAUGGAGAUGCAAGCGCGAAGUCUGGCCGCACGCUGGAGUACACCUCCAGCUGAAUAUCCGACACCAGACCACUCCCCUCGCAUCGUUACCAUCCCAAAGGAAACCGAACCCGAAACCGAGAGGGAGAAACUGCGCCGCCUCCGCAACCAGACUAGGCACAGGAGCCAGUUCCCCAUGGGCGACUACGUCGGCCUCAUGGAGUCCUUCGCCCGGGAGCUGGGGAUUCCUCGCCUGCCUAUUCCAAGCCCAAGCCCUAACCCAGACUCAGACUCGGCUGCAGACCAGCAGAACCCGCUCCUUGACCCCGUCAUACCGGCUAGAUAUCCUUACCCCCCAGCUUCAUCUCCAUCGUCACCACCCGAUAACCUUACAGCGAGAACCCUAAUCUCCCUAGCCACCACCCUCCCCCCAAUCCCUAGCACAGUCUCCACUGGCGAAGCGCCAACAGCAACAGCAACAGCAACAGCAACAGCCAUCUUCCGCGCCCUACACGGCGCAUGGCACUUCGCCCGCACAACAACAACAACAACAACAACAACAACGAGACCCCACAAGAACGAACCCUCUGCUUCGAUACCGGAACCAGAACCAUUAGAUAACAAAACAGAAUCACCUACCACCGGCUCCGCACUCUUCAAACCACGCUACACCACCCUGCCAGGCUACGAGCGCGAGUAUCUUUACACCGAGACUGAAACUGAAACAGACCCCCAGCCUCAGGAUCAAGCCCCGAGUCGACCCCCUCGGCCAAUUACCACGGAGCCAUCACGCAGUAGCGAUAGCAAUACCACUCCAGGGGGCGGGGUCAAGCAGUCCGUAUACCGGCUUCUCGGCGAUGGAGACGGGGGGUCGGCGUUAAGGGACUCCAACCGCAAUCGGGGCGCAAGGAUUCAUGUUUGGGAUUGGGAUUGUGAUGCUGGGACUAACACUAAAUCUGAUGCUGAUAUUGGGUCGGGUGUGAAGGGUGAUGAAGGAAGUCGCUGUGCCAGCAGCAGCAGCAGCUGUCAGAAGGGGAGGGUACGUGGCCCUCCGGCGGAGCGGUUCUCGCACUCUGUUCGAGUCUCGCAGGCGAGCUUGGGGGGUGGGGGGUUCGAUCGUGGAGAUGAGCAUGAGCAGAAGGACGCAGGUGGAAACGGGAGUGGACGGAGGUGGUAUAGGAUUUGUGGCAUUGGGGAGAAUACUGAUGGGUGGGGUGGUGCUACGUGGGAAUAUACAUUUUAUCUAGAGGGGGUGUCUAUUAUCCGGUGGGAGUGCGUGAGCGCGAUAGAACUGGAGUCUGGUCGGAAGCUCACGAGGAAGGUCUAUUUACGCUGA